AUGGCAUCUGGAAAGAUGGUCAAUGACGUCCAUAAAGAUCAGUAUCUUCAGAGUUGGAUCCCCAAACGAUUUAAAAAGAAAACAUGUACCACAUAUGUAGAGGACACGAGACCUGACCGGCAGGGUCAGUAUUGUCAGUGCGGACAUUCCAAACAAAAUCAUGCGUCUGUGGCUAUGGAAGACAAUUUUGGGGCCGCCAUAGUGAGCACAUGGAACUCAACACAGCACACAACCGAAGAGCCAACAGAUGCCUUUGGGGAUAUUGCAUUUGUUGGAGCUGGAAAGAAGCAUAGCAAGUUUAUUCGCCUAUCAAAUGAUACCGACCCCUGUAUGGUAUAUAAUCUUAUUACUCAACAUUGGAAGAUCCCACCACCAAACUUGGUGGUGUCUGUCGUGGGAGGAGAUGGAGACUUUAAAAUGAAAACAUGGCUGAAGGAUAUCCUAAGAAAGGGAUUGGUCAAGGCAGCGCAAAGCACAGGUGCCUGGAUUAUGACUAGGGGAAUGCAAGUCAGCAUUGGAAAAUAUGUUGGUGAAGCUGUCAGAGACCAUUCUACUGCAAGCUCCGAUUCUAAUACCAAAGUGGUGGCAAUGGGCAUUGCACCCUGGGGAAUUGUAAAUAACCACCAAAGCCUGGUGAACCCUAAGGGAUCUUUUCCUGCCAAAUACUAUAUGGAAAAUGUGAAUGGACCGACAUAUUCUUUGGACAACAACUAUUCAGUCUUCCUUUUAACCGAUGAUGGUACAAAGGAACAAAUGGGAGGAGAAACCAGCUUUAGAUUCAGGCUUGAGGAGCAUAUAUCCCGACAGAAAACUGGAGUGGGAGGCAAAGGAUGCAUUGAAAUUCCUGUUGUGUGCAUGGUUAUUGCUGGCGAGUCCACAAUGUUGGAGAGAGUUUACAAAGCCACAAUGAGCCCCAUCCCAUGUCUUCUGGUGGCCGGUUCUGGUGGAGUUGCCGACUGUCUGGCUGAAAUCUUAGAAGAGUCACUUACCAUGGAAUCUAUCCUUAGUCUGAUAGAUGAGAAGUUAAAGCAACACUUCCCGGAGGAAAACUUGACAAAAAUGAUAGAAAAGAUUGAGAAAAUUGUGGAAAACCGAGAUCUGGUCACAGUAUACUCCAAUGCAGACGGCAGAGAGGAUUUUGAGACUGUGAUCUUGAAAGCUCUAGUAAAAGCAUGCAAGAUGCGUUGCAGGGAAGCCACAGAAUACUUGGAUGAGCUGAAGUUAGCAGUAGCCUGGAACAGGGAGGACAUUGCCAAGACCGAAUUGUUUAAUGGAGAAAUACACUGGAUGGCUUGUGAUCUUGUAGACACAAUGACAGAUGCACUAGUGAAUAAUAAACCCAGCUUUGUAAAACUCUUUGUGGACAAUGGAAUGAACAUUGUGGAUUAUCUGACAUAUGACCAGCUGGAGGAGCUUUAUAGCCUUGUACAGGAUAAUACAGUCCUUCACCAGUUACUCCAGCGUAAACAUGAUGAUCGUAGAGAGUCUGACAAAGGGCAGCAACACCUGGACUACUUGGAGAACACUAUAGGCAAACGACCUUACUUCAAGCUCUACGAUGUGGCCAAAGUUCUGCGAGAUCUCAUGGGUGAUGUCUGUGCCCCAUUCUAUACACAUGUACUUGGAAAUACCAAAGGAUCUUUCUACAGGAAGAACUCCGCAGUAUGUAGUAAUGCCAAAUAUAUACCCAUCGAUCAAAGCUAUGAGACUAAAAAAUCAACAUCCCCCUGGAUGGAUCUCUUCAUUUGGGCCAUUCUACAGAAUCGUGAUGAAAUGGCUACUUACUUUUGGGAAAUGGGAACAGAAGCUGUGACCUCAGCACUCGCUGCUUCAAAAUUGCUGAAGGAGCUUUCCCACAAAGAACUAGCUGAAAAGUUUGAACAUCUAGCAAUAGGUGUGUUUAAUGAGUGUUAUAGAAAUAGUGAGAACAGGGCAUUCAAGUUACUGGUGCGACGCUCGCCUGUCUGGGGUGGUGCCACAUGCCUGCAGCUGGCUUAUGAGGCUGAUGCACGUAAUUUCUUUGCACAGGAUGGUGUUCAGUCCAUGUUAACAGAAAACUGGUGGGGACAAAUGGCACAAAACACACCGGUAUGGGCAUUGGUUCUCACUACCUUGUGCCCUCCACUCAUCUAUACUGAUCUCAUCAAAUUCGAAAAUACAGCUGAAAUGGACAGCUUAGAUACUGAUAUAAAGACCACUGUGGCGGAAAUAAUGGAAGGGGAGGAAAUUCUAAAGGAGAAGAGUGAACUUGUACGGCUCAAACCUGCCAAGGCAUCAGAUGUAAACAAUGUUCUCCCUGAAGCAGAAGUCCCGAAAGAGAAGCCACGGCCACAUUGGAUGCGUCGCUGGAAACAGUUCUGGAGUGCACCUGUCACUGCGUUCCUUGGCAAUGUUAUCAUGUACUUUGCCUUCCUCUUCCUGUUCUCUUAUGUGCUCCUCCUGGACUUUAAAAGACCUCCACCAGAUGGUCCGGCCACUUCAGAGGUUAUUCUGUAUUUUUGGGUUUUCACUAUGGUUUGUGAAGAAAUACGGCAAAGUUUCUUUGUGGGAUCCAUGCCUGUAAUACAGAAGGUCAAGCAAUACUUACAGGACUCCUGGAACCACGUUGACAUCACGGCCUUGCUGCUUUUCAUCAUUGGUGUCAUUUGCAGAAUGAUGAACACCUCAUAUGAGUCAGGAAGGACAAUCCUGUGCUUUGAUUUCAUGGUUUUUACCCUUCGACUUAUUCACAUUUUUGCAGUCAACAAACAGCUGGGGCCCAAAAUAAUUAUUGUCAGAAAGAUGAUGAAAGACGUCUUCCUCUUCCUGUUUUUUCUGGGUGUCUGGCUAAUUGCCUAUGGAGUUGCCAUGGAAGGUCUCCUACACCCCAACGAUACCCGUCUGGGGUGGAUAUUCCGACGUGUGUUCUACAGACCUUACCUGCAAAUCUUUGGUCUUAUUGAGCUUGAUCAAUUGGAUGCCGGAAAGCUAAUUAAUAUAACCUGCUCAGAUGACCCCGAUGUCCUCAUGAGUGGUCUACACCCCCCAUGUAUCAACACGUUUGCCAACUGGCUGGUCAUUUUCCUGCUUGUCGUCUUUUUGCUUGUUGCAAAUAUCGUCCUGCUGAACCUGCUGAUCGCCAUGUUCAGCUAUACCUUCUCCAAAGUGCAAGGCAACAGUGAUAUAUACUGGAAAUUCCAGCGAUACAACCUGAUAGUUGAAUAUCACAACCGUCCAGCGCUCGCUCCGCCCUUCAUCAUCAUCAGCCACAUUCACACGUUUAUCAAACGCAAGAUUCGCAAGGUUGAGUCUCAGAAGAUAAGACAUUUCAUGUUGGAGAUAAAGGAGCCUCUAGACAGCAGGAUGCUCACAUGGGAAGCUGUUCAGAAGGAGAAUUACCUGGGAAAUAUGGCCAAGCAGAAGAGGGACAGCGACACAGAGCGUCUGAGGCGCACAUCCCAAAAGGUUGACACAGCUUUGAAGCAACUCAAUGAGUUUAAGGAACACGACCGAAAAAUGAAAGCACUGGAAAUGCAGGUGGAAUACUGUAGUAAGGCACUUUCCUGGAUAGUAGAAGCCCUUCAAAAUAGUGACACAGUGAAAACUGACAAACCACCUCCUCUGUUUAAAUAAGGUGGAAGAAGUCUUCAAUCAGUGGGACACCUAAUAUUGUUUACUGCCAAUUUUAUGGACAGCACCACUACCUGCCCUGUGUCUUACACUUUAUAAUCUGGUUCUGGUUGCGGUUAAUGGGCAACCAGUCCCCAGACAUGGAUACUGGGAGCCAACCAUUAAGUUGGGAGAGCAUGUACCUAGCAGGCAGGGUGUGAUUGUAACUAAUGUGACAGAUAAAGAAAGAGCAUUAUGAAAAACUGUUUUGUUGAAAUAGUAGAUGCCUGGCAUGCCUCUCUUCCCCAUAUG